AUGUCAAACUUAAAUGUAAUGAUGCUAACAAAUGAAGAUCUAUCUCCAUCAGCAAUCAAAGAAUCAACUGGAAUAACGAAAGUUUUAAGAACAUUAUGUAUACACUCGAAGAAAAAAAUUCUAUUAGCACUUUUUAUCUUGAUAAUCCUGGUUGCCCUAAUUACAACAUUAGGAGUUGUAUUAAAAAAGAGGAAUGUGAAGAAAAUAACCUUAACAAUUGAUAACGCCACAAUGCAAACAUUAACGAAAUCAGGAGAAACGUCAGCAGCAACUGAAAAUCCGUCAAUAACAACAGCAGCUGAAAAUCCGUCAAUAACAACAGCAACAAAAGAUCCGUGUCCAUCCCGUGGUUUUCGAUGGAAUACAGAAGGUAUCACCGUAGGUAUCGACUUAUCGCCGAAAUUAUCAUGUUCACGUCUAUUCAUUGAUUCCAAUGACACUUUGUAUGGUGUGGACAACACUAAGGCUUAUGUUUGGAAGCUAUCAAAGAAUGAUACUAAUGCAAUCACUGUCGCUGGAAUUUAUGGAACAAAGGGACAGAGUAGUUUUCGACUGGAAAACCCUCAAGAUGUUUAUGUUGAUCAAUAUGGAGAUAUAUAUGUAGUAGAUACUAACAAUCAUCGUAUACAAAAGUUCAUUAAUGGAUCAAUGGAAGGGAUAACUAUUCUAGGUAAUGGUGCAAUAGAUGAUGCUAGGCGUUUUAGGUUGCAGUAUCCUCGAAACUUUGCCUUUGAGUCAACAGAGAAAUUCAUGUACGUUGCUGUUCAUGGAAACCAAAAUGUACUAGGCUUUUUCACAAAUCGAACUGUACCUGCUGUUCCAAGUGUUAUUGCGGGUAAUGGCACAAGUGGUAAUACGAUAUACCAACUGAAUGGGCCAUGGGGUAUUUAUCUUUUACCACCUACGCAAAAUAUUGUAUUCGUCACAAAUUAUGAUGGACAUUCCGUAAUGCGUUUUUCUCCUGGUAAAAGUUCGGGUACUUUCGUAGCAGGUAUACGAGGUUUUUCAUGUUCUAAUUCCAGCUGCUUACAUAACCCAACCGAUGUUAAAGUUGAUGAUAAUUCGACUAUGUAUGUAGUUGACUCAUCUAAUCAUCGAGUUCAAAUGUUUUGUCAAAAUAAGAGACAAGGUACGACUAUUAUUGGAAAUGGUAUCCCUGGUAAUAAAUCAACACAGUUAUCACAACCACAAGGAAUAGCAUUCGAUUCAGCAAUGAAUAUGUACAUUUGUGACACAGGCAAUCAUCGGNUACAUAACCCAACCGAUGUUAAAGUUGAUGAUAAUUCGACUAUGUAUGUAGUUGACUCAUCUAAUCAUCGAGUUCAAAUGUUUUGUCAAAAUAAGAGACAAGGUACGACUAUUAUUGGAAAUGGUAUCCCUGGUAAUAAAUCAACACAGUUAUCACAACCACAAGGAAUAGCAUUCGAUUCAGCAAUGAAUAUGUACAUUUGUGACACAGGCAAUCAUCGGGUUCAAAAAUUCCUCAGACUUUAA